AAUAAGUGUUCUUUCAAGUGUUCUUGUGUUUUAAGCAUUUAUCAGAAAGAUGAACAAUAUGAUCAUUUUCAAGAAAUUACGCAAUCGUGUGGUUCCAUACUCCCCACCGGCGAGAUUGAAUCGCAGGAAUAACCGGAAUCGCGUUCGGAAUGCGCCAGCACCACAACGUAACAACUCUGUUCAGGUUGAGGCUACUCUUGGAGAAAUAGCUCCGACUAUGGCUGAAGUUACCGUUCAUGGUGAGUAUACGGCUGAGGCUGAGGUUCAAGUUACUGCAGAGGCUGACCCUAAUACGGAGUUUGGAGUUAUGGCCGAUGUUGACCCUCUGCCAGAGGUUGAAGUUUUGGCCGAGGCUGACCCCAAUAUGGAAGUUGAUGUUUUGGCCGAGGCUGACCCUAAGGCUGAGGCUGAAGUUUUGGCCGCUGAUGACCCUAAUACGGAAGUUGAUGUUUUGGCCGAGGCGGACCCUAAGGCUGAGGCUGGGAUUGAAGUUAUGGAGGAGGCUAACCUUAAGACUAAUACUGAGGAUGAUGAUAUGUCUGAGGCUGACAUUGACCCUAUGACCGAGGUUGAAAUGAUGGCUGAUGCUGACCCUAAGGCUGAGGCUGAAGUUUUGGCUAGGGCUGACUCUAAGGCAGAGGAUAAAGUUUUUCCCGAGGUUGAGAUUGAAGUUCUUGCCGAGGCUGACCCUGAGAUGGAUGUUGAAGUUAUGGCCGGAGCUGAUCCUACGACUGAGGCUGAGAUUGAAGUUAUGGAGGAGGCUGACCCUAAGACUAAUACUGAGGAUAACGCUGAUGCUGACCCUAAAUCUGAGGAGGAGGAUCAAGUCAUGGCAGAGGUCUCAGUCAGAGCCUAAUUUCAGCUGUUGGAAGAAAUGGUUCUUCUGAAACAAAUGAAGAUAACGAAUUUAUUGCUUUGAAGUAGCCGACACUUCAAAUUCUUUAGACCCAAAACGCACCAUUAUCCCGAAAACACCAAAAAUCUAUUCCCAGACUGUUAUCGUUAAUUGCCCACAUCGCUUAAAGGAGAUUGAUUGUUUCAUUGAUGCCUUUACCCCCCUUCCACCUUUUCCACCCCACAUAAUGGAGCAAAUUGGAGACGUUGCCGCCCAUAUGGCGUAUAUGAAUACAUAUAUAUUGAAUCGCAUAUUUAUUUAUAAAGGGGCUGAUUACACAA